AAACAAAACAAAACAAUACUCUUGCAAAGCAUCCCAUCACUUAAAACCUUUCUUUCUUUCUUUCUUUACUCAUUUCAUUUCCUCACUUCCAUUUUUCCGUCCUCAUAUCUUCUUCUUCCUGGAACCUUCUUCUUCUUCCCCUCAAAAAACUCCAAAGACUUGUUCAAUCUUCUCUUCCUCACCAACACCCUCUUCAAUUUUGAAGUAAUCAACCCUUUUUCUUCAUUUAUAUACAUAUCUUUGAACAACCAUCACCAUUAAUUUCCCUAUCUACUCCAAAGUAUAUGAUAUUGAUUCAUUGGGUUAGCCCAAUUUCAGAUAAUUGUUAACGCCGUCGAUAUGAACCCUAAUUCCGAUCAUAACCGCCCAAAUCGCCCUCGUCGCCGCCCUGACUUAACCCUUCCUCUUCCCAAACGCGACCCAUCUCUUGCCGUCCCUCUUCCUUUACCACCCACCAAUUCCGCCCCUUCUUCUACCACCUCCGUAACCACUAACUCAACCAAUUCUACAAACCCUUUAAGUUUCUCGGAGCUAGAGAAGAAGAAUCGGAUCGGGUCGGGUGCUGGUGGAACUGUUUACCAAGUCAUUCACCGUCCUACUUCACGGAUCUAUGCUCUUAAAGUCAUAUACGGUAAUCAUGAUGACAUGGUUCGUCGUCAGAUCUGUCGUGAGAUCGAGAUUCUUCGAGAUGUAAACAACCCUAAUGUUGUUAAGUGUUUUGAUAUGUUCGACCAUAACGGCGAGAUCCAAGUUCUUUUGGAGUAUAUGGAUCGUGGGUCUUUAGAAGGUAAGCAUAUCAAUGAUGAGGUUUACUUAGCUGAUCUUUCACGGCAAGUUCUUUCUGGGCUUGUUUACCUUCAUCGACGAAGAAUCGUUCAUCGAGACAUUAAACCCUCUAAUCUUCUUAUCAACAGUUUACGCCAAGUUAAGAUUGCUGAUUUUGGGGUUAGUCGAAUACUGGCGCAAACAAUGGAUCCAUGUAAUUCUAGUGUUGGUACUAUUGCUUAUAUGAGUCCCGAAAGGAUUAAUACGGAUCUUAAUCAAGGGAUGUAUGAUGGGUAUGCUGGUGAUAUUUGGAGCUUUGGGGUUAGUAUUUUGGAGUUUUAUCUAGGGAGAUUUCCAUUCAAUAAUGGAAGACAAGGUGAUUGGGCUAGUUUAAUGUGUGCAAUUUGUAUGAAUGAUCCGCCAGCAGCGCCGCCUUCUGCCUCAAGGGAGUUCCGGAAUUUCAUCCAGUGUUGCUUGCAGAGGGAACCAAGGAAGCGCUGGACGGCUGGGACGCUGCUCAAUCAUCCUUUCAUUGUGAACAAUACAGGCGGCGGCGGUGGCGGCGGCGGUGCCAACCCGAGUAAUCAAAUGAGUAGUAGUAGUCAGAAUCAUCAAGUUCAUACUUCUUCUUUACGCCAAAUGUUGCCUCCUCCUCUUCCUCAUUCUUCUUGAUUUUUCAGGUUUUAAUUUUCAAGUAAAGAAGCUUUUUUUUUUUCCUGUUUAUUUAUUGCAAAUUUUCUUGUUUUUAUGAUAAAUAUGAGGAUAAUGAUGGUAAGGAGGUAGGAGAAGGAAAAUUUGGGAAGUGGGUUGAAUUGUUAUUGUAGCUCUUGUUGAGAUUCUGAUCAAGGAAAAGAAGUAAUCAUCAUUUCUACAGUAGCUUUUGUUUUUGAAUAAUGAUGAGGAGUUAUUAAUGGAAAAAAUGAUUCAAGAGAGAAAAUAAACAUUUUCUCUGUGAUUGUUUUUGCAUUCUAUUUAAUGGUAUAUGGUGCAAAUUAUUCCUUGCUCUAUUGUGUGUAUCUCUUUGUGUUGCGAACACUGUCACAUGAUUUGCUAAUUCUACGCUCAAUUGUGAAUUGAUAAAAGCUAAGUAUGAUAGAUUUUGAGCUGUUUUGAGCAAACUCGAUCAAAUUGCACGUGGGUUUAGUUACACUGAUUGGGAAUUAAAGGCGAAUCUACAAUAGUAGUAUGGGCUUACGGGGUGAGUCAAAUACUCAUCUUUAUGCGUAGAGUUGUAAUUUGGUUGUCAUUUUUUUACGGCAGACAGGCCUCCAUUCUUGUUUUCCCAUAUUUGGCUAUUUAGCCCAUAUAUCUAAUGCGUCUCUCUGAGAGAUCUUUUCUCACAA